CGUCACCAGCGAAGUAUGUGCUGACAUUAUCAGCGAUUUUUAGAGAAAGAAAGAGUACAAAUGAGUGCAAUAAAAGAAUUAGAAGAUUAAUGUCAAAUAACGAUAUUGAUUCUUUGCAAGCAGUUAAUAAUAACUUUUUGCCUUGGUAUCCUGUUUUAAUGUAUCGAGCCUGAUAACAAGAAUAUGUUGACUGAAAGACGCCGACGCGUCGCGCCGGCGACAAUAUCGCUCAUGUCGCCACUGGGGUAACGAGGAUUUAUAAAUUGAGCGUAUGUACAUACGAUGCUAUCAACGACGAAAUCGCACCACUUGUGCCAGAUCAUACUUGUCAAUGGUUUCUGCGGUUCUUUCAAUUGGUAACAUCAUUCACCAAUUAGUAGCAAGUGUAUUAAACAAGCUAGCAACGCGCAUAUAACUGUCAUCGAAUUGACCACGCGUGGAGGAAUUAGGCCUGUAAAACUCAAAAUUUAUUACUGAUUCUCUUCCAUCAGAAACUAACCUAUGUAUCUGUUUACAUACGUACAAUUAACAAAAUUUUGUUAAUUUGAGUAAAUAUACAGAAAAGCUGACACUUCAAGUCGAACACACUUGACGCUCCACAAGAAAAUGUUUCUCAGAACCAAGUUGUUACAAAGAUGUCUAGCGCAUAAUGUGCGAUUUUUGGGUUGCAGAUCGAUGCAUCUUCUGAGAGAUAAUGCAUAUGUUAACGGGAAGUGGGUUGGUGCUAAUAACAAACAGACAUUCCCAAUUUGCAACCCUGUUGACAAUAGUGUUAUCGCUUGUGUUCCUGAUAUGAACAUAGCUGAUACUCAAUUAGCCAUUGACGCUGCUACCAAAGCUUUCAAAUCAUUCAGCAAAACUACAGCCAAGGAGAGGAGUGACCUGCUCAGAAAAUGGUAUAAUUUAAUGGUUGAACAUUCUGAAGAUCUGGCCUGUAUCUUAACGAAAGAGAAUGGAAAGUCCUUAGCUGAAUCUAGAGCAGAGAUCAAGUAUGGGAAUUCCUUCGUGGAGUGGUUUGCAGAAGAAGCUAGGAGAAUAGAUGGAGAGAUCUUGCAAGCUCCUGUAGCCAACAGAGAAUUGUUCUUGCUGAAACAACCAGUGGGAGUAGCAGCUUUAAUUACACCAUGGAAUUUCCCACACGCUAUGAUCACUAGGAAAGCAGCAGCUGCCCUCGCUGCUGGAUGUACAUGCGUGGUGAAACCAUCCGAGGAUACACCACUGACAGCGCUGGCAUUGGCAGAACUCGCGGAACAAGCGGGCUUCCCCGCGGGAAUCUUCAAUGUACUCACCACAAGCAUAACGAAUUCCCCCGCCGUCGGCAAAGAACUAUGCGAGAAUCCCAAAGUAAGAGUGCUGUCGUUCACGGGCUCCACGGCUGUGGGGAAGAUCUUGUACGGGCAAUGCGCGUCGACCAUGAAACGGCUUGGCCUUGAACUGGGCGGUAACGCGCCUUACAUCGUAUUCAAAUCCGCAGAUGUGGAUCUGGCUGUAAAUAGCGCGAUGGCAAGUAAAUUCCGCAACACCGGUCAAACGUGCGUCUCGGCGAACAGGUUCUUCGUAGAGGCCGACAUCUUUGACGAGUUUGUUAAGAAAUUUGUGGAGAGAAUCAAAAAGGAUAUCAAAAUGGGAGACGGUAGCAAGGAGAACGUUACUCACGGACCGCUCAUUAAGCAGAGCCAAUUAGAUAUGGUGAGCGGUUUGGUGAACGAAGCGGUCCAGAAGGGUGCUAAGAUACGUUGUGGCGGCGCACCGCUACCGAAUCUGGGAGCUCUGUUUUAUGCACCUACUGUGUUAACGGACGUAACUAAAGACUCGCAGAUUUACAACAAAGAGAUCUUCGGGCCGGUGGCUGUAAUUAAUAAAUUUAGCAACGAAGAGGAUGUACUAAAACAAGCAAAUGACACACCGGUCGGUUUAGCCGGAUACUUCUUCUCGCAGGACAUAUCGCAGAUAUUUAGAGUAGCGCGCAAGUUGGAGGUCGGUAUGGUAGGUGUUAACGAAGGUGUAAUUUCGAGCACGGAAGCCGCUUUCGGCGGAGUAAAGGAGUCUGGUUUGGGAAGGGAAGGUUCUAAACACGGCGUUGACGAUUUUCUCGAUAUCAAGUAUGUAUGCAUCGGCAAUCUCAAGCGCUAACUAAUCGUGUGAUAUCAGAUAAAAUGUGCAUUCUAAGAAUAGGCAAAUAUUAUGCGAUGAUGCUACAACUCAAUGAAAGAUAGACAAUAAAUAGAUCGUAUCAUUAUAUAAUUUAAUUAUGAUAUUAGGCGCGUAUACACAUGUAGGAGAAAAUUGGAGUUGUUUUAAAUAUCGGAAGAGCAUACUUUUGGCUAUAAUUAUACAUAUGUAGUUGCUAUUACUUGCAUUCUUAUUGUCGUUUAAAAAAGAACAUGCUCUUUUGCUACAGCUAUUAAAUACAAUAUUAAUAUUAAAUGUGUGAUAUAUAUAAUAUGUGUGAGAGAUUAUAAUAAAUUAUAUAUUUUUUUCAUCUUUAUAGAGUGCAAUAUAUAUUAUAAUGGUAUACAAAAGUAUU